CCUCCGACGAGGUCCACUCCCUGCCCUGGGAGGAGCUCGAGUUCGACAUUGCGCGGUGGAUCCCGGCCUUCAAGAUGGUGUUCCGCAUCCUCAUCCCCAGCGAGCGCCGCCUCUCCGACCGUGUCUUCGAGGGCCUCGCCCCCUACGGCGACCUCGCCUUCGUCGCCGCGGUACGCACCCAGGCGCUGCAGCUCAUCUCGUUCGGCGACGCGGUUGCCGCUGCCAGCCGCGCGCCGGAGCGCCUCUUUCGUGUCAUCGACAUGUACGAGGCGGUGCGCGAUCUCCUCCCCGACCUCGACCCUGUUUUCGCCGACCCCUACUCCGCAGCGCUCCGCGCCGAGGUCUCUGCUGUGUGCAACACCCUCGGCUCCUCCAUCAAAGGUAUAUUCAUGGAGCUGGAGAAUCUUAUCCGCCGUGACCCGGCUCGCGUUGCGGUGCCCGGCGGCGGCAUACACCCAAUCACUCGCUAUGUCAUGAACUAUCUCCGUGCCGCAUGUGGUUCAAGACAGACACUGGAAGAGGUGAUGGAAGGUGACCUGGGUGCUCUCGGCGUGACCGCCAUUGCCGUCGAUCCUGACCGCCCCACUUCGUCGCUCGCGGUGCACAUUGCGUGGAUCAUGGACGUGCUUCACAAGAAUCUGGAGAGCAAAUCCAAGAUAUACAGGGACCCGCCGCUGGCCUCCAUCUUCUUGAUGAAUAAUGGCAAGUACGUCAUCCACAAGGUGAAUGACAGUGAGCUUGGGGUUUUACUCGGCGAUGACUGGAUGAAGCAGAUGUUGAGCAGAGUGCGCCGGUGGAGUAUGGAGUACCAGCGCGGGGCGUGGGCGAAGGUGAUGUCGGUGCUGCAGACCGGAGGCUCUGGGUUUUCUGGUCUCCCACCGAAGGCCAUGCUUCAGAAACUUCAGAUGUUCAAUGGCUACCUGGAGGAGAUUCGGGCGGCCCAGUCCGAGUGGGUGAUCACGGAUGAUCAGCUGCGCGCCGAUGUUAAGGCAGCAAUAGCAGAUUCGGUGCUGCCUGCAUACAAGGGCUUGAUUGCGAGGCUGAGAUCGUCUCCAGAUCCUCCGCAGGAUCUGUUCAUCAAGCAUACCCCAGAGGAUGUUGAGGCAUGCAUCCAACAUUUGUUUGAAGGAAUUGGGAAAUGAUUGGUUAUCUUGUACUGUAGCAUCUUAUUGGUCGUGCCUGUGAUUUUCGUAUCAUCACUAAAGUACUGUUGUGGCCGAUAUCUGAAGUUCUGAACAUGGAUAAUGGGGAAAUAAUGGUACCACUUUGGGUUUGAUGGUGUUUUGCCAUGAGGUUAGGCUUUAUAUUAGACGCGCAAAUCAUUGUCUUCUCCAACUGUGUAAAUUAUUGUAGGCAUUUCUCUGUCAGUUGUUAAUGGUAGUCUUAUUCAAAACAUUACCUGUCUUCUUAUUUAUCGUGUUUCAGUGCCUGGUUGUUCAGGUGAUGAAGGAGAAACGCUUAUCUUAAGUCA